AUGAAUUCCUUUUUGGAGUAACCAUUUCAAUAUAGAUAAUUAAGAUCUAUAUCAUUCAGUCCUUACAAUGAUAAUAACUUCAUUAAACAAUUAAAGAGAUAACUUCAUUAUCCACCUUAAAAAAUAAUGUAAUUAGAGUCUUAUGAAUAUGUGUAAAUUCCAGAAUAAGAUGAAACAAAUAUUAUCAGUUCAGGUAAGUGUGUGCUUUGAUAAGAAUAUAGAUUCCAUAUAACAUUACCAAAAAUUAACAAAGGACAGAAAAAAUUCAUUAAAUGUUGACUUAAAUCCAAUAAAUUUAAAAUAAGAAUCAGCAUAAAGUGCAGAUAUUAAUUAAUAUAAAUUAAAUGUACCAAAACUAGUAGUAGUCAAAUAAUUGAAUUAGAAGAUAGUUAGAAAAAAGAAGAAAAAGAUAAAUCCAAUUAAUCCUCAAGAUUGUAAUGAUGACGACAUCUAACAAUAGACGAUUGUUUUAGAAACCAAUAAUAUGAAUACCGAGACGGAAACUAAAAAAGACAAAAUUUCCUUCUUACCUGAAAUAAAAAAAACAAAAUUAUAAAUUGAAGAGUAGCCAAUAUAGAGAUCAGCAAGAUAUCAAUAAUUAAUGGUAUUAAAAUAGUUAUUUAGAAAAAAUCUGUUGAAGAUUAAUUUGUAGAACUUUAAUCCUUAAUCAAAAAGAUGUAAAAGUAACCAAUAAAUAAGAAAGAAAAAAGAGUUACUUUUCUUCUCUGA